UUAACCGCUUGGCAGCGUUAUCAACGCUUAUAUAUACAGCUGACUGUCAACACAUUCCGUCCAUUUCCACUUGGACGUUUGAAGGUGACGGACCCGCACGCUCGCUCGUACAUUUGUCAGCCGCACAAGCGUUUGGUUAUAAAUAAAAACUCGCCCACGCGUCGUCAAUAUUAUUAAUUAUUGUUAUACAUGUCGCAUCUGCUGAAUGGUUUUGCGCAGCCCGCGUUACAGGAGACUGUUGUGCCCUUUGGUAGCUUAGAUGCUCCGGCGCAGGAACUGCUUAUAGCCGCCUUUGCUGUCCGUCAACGUGCCUAUGCGCCAUAUAGCAAUUUCAAGGUAGGCGCUGCCUUUCGUGCCACAUCCACCAAUAUCAUUUUCCCAGGAUGUAAUGUGGAGAAUGCCGCAUUUUCACCCACAUCAUGUGCAGAGCGCUCCGCACUCACCAGAGCUGUCAGUGAUGGCUACCGGGAAUUCUCAAGCGGCGCCGUUGUAGCUUAUGAGCCGGACGUUUUCACCUCACCGUGUGGUGUCUGCAGACAGUUUAUACGCGAAUUCGCCGGCCACACCGAUAUGCCGUUGUACAUAGCACAAGGGCUGGAUGAGAGAUCCGCGGAUCAACCUUUUACCAGUGAUGAUCCUGUUUUUUGUACUUCUAUUUUUAAUUUGUUGCCCAACAGUUUUAAGACUUAUUGCAAGUAGAUUAAAUGUUCAGUUUAUUGCACGUUAUGUACACAUAUAUAUAUUUUAAUUU